AUGACAACAAUUGUCUCCGGUGAUGUGAUCCUGUGCGAGGGCGCCAUCGGUUACCUUAACUGCCCACCUGGCCGUCGCCUCGUCAUCUACGCCGCCAACUACGGCCGCACCCGUGCCAACAUCUGUCCCGACCCGAGCAACCAAAACACCGCCUGUAUUUCUUCCACUACACUUCAGAAGGUCAAGACAAUGUGCCAGGAUCGCCGACGGUGUCAAGUUCAGGCGAAAAAUGAAAUGUUCGGGGAUACGUGUGUGGGAACCAAUAAAUACCUGACCGUGGAAUACGAGUGCUGGUAA